ACGACAAAUUUCAGCUCCUAGAGCGUAAUGCGUCAAAAUAAAAAAAAAUCACUUGUGUCUACGCCCCAUGGCCUGAAAGUUCGCGUGUGUGGUUUACAAUAUUAUUUUUAUGCAAUCUAUUAAUAGACUUAUUACAUUUAUAUCAUCAGUAAGUUAGUGAGAGAGGUAUGCGUGCGAAGGUGACGCUUCAUCAGCGUGCGAGAAAUUCGGAAACAUGUGUUUUGAUGUUCAUAUAACUUGUGAAAGCAUCGUUAGGUGAAUCUCAGGAAGUGCAUAUGUCCGGGGUGAAUGAUAACCGCAGUGUAAUCAGCCAACAUCCGUCAGCGAUGGAGAGCCGAUGAAUGCUAAUUGGCGCUUGUUAUUUAUCAAGUUCUAGGAUGGCGAACCCUACUAUUGGGGUUUCGUUUGAUCAAAAUGACAUGUCCAGCUGGUAUUUCGGUGGACUGUCUAGAGCUGAGGCAACAAAACUUUUACUAAAUGAAACUGAGAGUGGUGUUUUUCUAGUACGAGACUCUAAAACCAUUCAUGGAGAUUAUGUUUUAUGUGUCAGGGAGGAUGAUAGAGUAUCUCAUUAUAUAAUAAACCGAGUGGUGUCUCCAGACGGUGGUACACGUUACCGCAUUGGUAACCAACUAUUCGCUGAUAUGCCAGCCUUACUGGCCUUCUAUCGGCUUCAUUACCUGGACACCACUCCUUUAGUUCGGCCACUGCCACAAGCUAAUGCGCAAGCAGCCGCACCGCCGCCCGCCCAGCCUCACCAUGUACUGGAAGUUGUAAUCGCAAAGUUCGAUUUUGAUGGUAGCGACGCAGACGACUUACCGUUCCGUCGUGGCGAAAGGCUGAUGGUGAUAAAUCGUGAUGAGGAGCAAUGGUGGACCGCCCGGAACGCUCAGGGACGCACAGGCUCUAUACCAGUACCCUAUGUGCAGAGGUUGUUGGACUCGUCGGGAAUGCCAUAUCCAGCAAACGAGGCUCUGACUCAGCUGGGAGACCCCCCGAGUCCUCCAAACAAUAAACAGCAAAAAGGAUCAAAUAUGCAGCGCACUCUGCCAGCGUUAGCACGCGUACGACAAUCGCGGGUCCCUAACGCCUACGACAAAACUGCCCUUAAAUUACAGGAGGGAGAAAUACUUAAGGUAACAAAAAUGAACAUAAACGGCCAAUGGGAAGGCGAGCUGAACGGAAAAGUUGGUCACUUUCCGUUUACUUAUGUGGAGUUCCUUGAUGACAUAACUAGCUAAAUGCUAUACUAUGGUGACAAAGUGUUAGUGUAAGUGAAGUGGCUAGAAUCCAAUUGUUAUUAUGGAGCAAGGCUUUUCUCAUUUGGACAAUUUUACAGGUAUGUGUAUGUUACAACUUAAAAAGGCUUUGUGUCAUAAAUAGGCUAAUUUAUUUAACAACAGCGAAAAUUGACUCAAGAAUAUUAAAAUUACCAAAUCUUACUGUUAUAAAAGAUUUUUUGUAUACUAAGUAUAAAAUGAUUAAGGUUUGUAUAAAGUUUAAUAACAUAUAAAGAAAACAAUUAAAAGUAAUCUAAAUUAACAUUCUUGAUUUAAAAUGUUUUCAGGAACAAUUACAUUUUAACAGUUGUAAGCUUAUCUUAUAUAAGUUAUAUUUUUAGCAAUUUCUUGUACCUAAAAGGUA